GCUACGGAGUGAUCUCGCAAGAGCCGUACGCUAAAGAAAAGCGUAUUGGAUUGUAUGGAUGGUUCCGACAAUCAAGCGCGAACACGCGCGACGCUGUUCUCGAAGGAAAAUCGAGUAAGAAAGAGAGAGAGAGAGAGAGAGAGAGAAGAGAAAUCUUUGAAGGAUUGCCAGGUGGAACGGCGGGCCUAACUCGAACUCGUUCCAAGAGUUAUACAUCACGCUCGUUUGUCCUUUGAGACUGCUGUCGGUGACGUUGUUGCGGCGGUCGACGGAGAAAAAUUACGUUCCGCGAAACGGUUUUGCAACGCGAGGCGCAAAAUACAAUUUAAUAUCUUUCGACAAGUUUCUGCAUUUUCGCGAUGAAUAAUAAAAUUAAAUUCGCUAUCUGCCGCCGCAGAUUUAAUUUACGUUUCUAGACGACUUAUCUCGCAAUAUAAAUGGAUUUGGAAGAAUGAAAAGCUUUUUAUAUCAGUUGUAAGAAAUUUCGUUAAACACAAGUUUGAAAAUAAACUAGAUACAUAUAAACUUUAAUAGUUUAACGUAAAUUAAUAACAGUUUUAUUGAAAUUGAUGGCUAUACUUUUUUUCUUUUUUAAUAAAUUGCGAUAGUAAGAAAAAUAAAUGAGAGUUCUAUUACGGGCUCGUAACUCGCGCCGUUUAAUAGCUGAAAACGAGCGAGUGUCGUCGAAACCUGGCGACAAUAAAUUUUCUCCGUUGCCGCGAUCGCCUUGAUCGUUUUCGUUUCCUGUAUCCUGUAGUCCUUGUGUCGUUGGUUUGGUAGCUAGAGCCGUGAUAUACACUACCUAAGUUAAGGCACGAGAACCGCCACGAGUCUGAGAGCUAGGGAGAAACAGACAAAGAGAAAGAGAGAGGAGAGACGGAAAGAGAAAAUUAAAGAAAGAGGUAAUGCGAUGGCGACGAACGCGACGGAAUCGAUCAACAUUCGGAGCGGCUAUCGUCGUCACGUUUUCGGCGACACAGAACUUUGCAUACCCGAGAGAUACGUCGACGUCGUACCGCGUGGCGUCGGCGCUCAGGGUAUCGUCUGCGCGGCGUACGACACCGUCACUGCGCAAAAUGUGGCGAUCAAGAAGCUGUCCAGACCUUUUCAAAACGUGACGCACGCGAAGAGGGCCUACAGAGAGUUCAAGCUCAUGAAGCUGGUCAAUCAUAAAAACAUAAUCGGUCUCCUGAACGCGUUCACGCCACAACGGUCGCUGGACGAGUUUCAAGACGUGUAUCUGGUGAUGGAGCUCAUGGACGCGAACCUGUGCCAGGUGAUCCAGAUGGAUCUGGACCACGAGCGCAUGUCGUACCUCCUCUAUCAGAUGCUGUGCGGCAUCAAGCACCUGCACUCCGCCGGCAUUAUUCACAGGGAUUUAAAGCCAAGCAACAUCGUCGUAAAAUCCGACUGCACGCUGAAGAUUCUCGACUUUGGCUUGGCGAGGACCGCUGGUACCACAUUUAUGAUGACGCCCUACGUCGUCACGCGGUAUUACCGGGCGCCGGAGGUGAUUCUGGGCAUGGGGUACAAGGAGAACGUGGAUAUCUGGUCGGUAGGAUGCAUUAUGGGCGAGAUGAUACGCGGUGGUGUACUGUUCCCUGGUACGGAUCACAUCGAUCAGUGGAACAAAAUAAUCGAACAACUUGGCACACCGGCGCAGGAAUUCAUGCAACGACUGCAGCCGACCGUCAGGAAUUACGUGGAGAAUAGGCCGCGAUAUCCAGGCUAUCCCUUCGAGAGGCUAUUUCCGGACGUCCUAUUCCCUUCGGACUCCUCGGAACACAAUAGAUUAAAAGCGAGCCAAGCCAGGGAUCUAUUGUCGCGCAUGCUCGUGAUCGACCCGGAGCGACGCAUCUCCGUAGACGAGGCGUUGCUGCACAAUUACAUAAACGUCUGGUACGACGAGGGGGAAGUCAAUGCUCCUGCACCAGGUCCGUAUGACCAUAGCGUAGACGAGAGGGAACACACGGUGGAUCAAUGGAAGGAGUUGAUCUAUCAGGAAGUGAUGGAGUAUGAGACAAGCCACAAUCCCGCGGCGGUUGCUCAGUCGUCAGAGAGUGCUGGGAGCCGGUAGAUACCGCGGAACAGCAGCCCAUCCACAGUCCCCUUCUCGUCGAGGAAGCAUCCGGAUAGUCUGACCUAUCGUCUGGACAUCGCCGGAGCGUCGUAGCGAAGGAGGUAGGAGAAACCGGAGAAAAAAAGAGUGGAAAGAACGAUGAAAAAAGGAAAGAAGAAAGAAUCGACGUCCACAAGCCUAUCUCUCUCUCCGUCGAGAAAGCAAAUGGGGAAACACAUGGAUAGGGGAGAAGCUUACUCUAUCGAGUAUCGUAGGGGGACAAAUCAGUCUUUUGGCAGCAUGUGUGAUCAAGUGACGAAAUUAGUCUCGAAGAUGAUCAGUUAACGAAGAUGAUCUUCCCCCGGUUGAUCUUCUCUCUCCUGGAACGAUAUGAUUUGGAUAAACGCUCCUUCGGGGGGAGGGGGGGAGGGUGAGAGACUCGCGAUCGCCAUGCGUCACCUUUGACAGGUGCCACCGAACACUCAAGACACCUUCGUCGCUUUCUUUGCGCUUUAGUAAAGCAAUGGAGGUCGGUAAGGAUCGCGAGAGAUCUCCAGGAUCAGAGGACAAGUUCGCGGAGAAGAGGAUCAGAGAGCAAACGGAUGGAAUUGCCUGGAUGAAGAAGAAAUUUCCGCGUCGCGCGUUAUCGUCUUCUCAACUACUGCCAGCUUGAGUUGUUGGACGAGCUUCUUCUCCUCAGUUUAUUCGUUUCCUUGAUCUACAACGCGAACUCUCCAAACAUCUCCUCCGAGAACUCUUAAGUCCUUGUUACAGUACGGUAUUUCUAUUUCGAUUUCUCGUCGCAUCCACUUGACUUUUCUUUUACAAAUUUAUUCGCUUUACAACCUGAAAGCGAACUUCAUUUGUCACUUUCUGAUUGUCCUGUAAUCAUGGACAAUGUUUAGAGCCGUGCAUUUCAUAGCAAUAAAGUUGACGCGACAGAUAAAUGGCAUAGAAAUAUCGUUUCUGUGAUUUUAAGGUUUUACAAUUGUCGGAAAUUGGAUGAUCAUUCUUUUAACUUCCGGAGGAUUAUAAGUGAUCAAUCGCCCGUUACAGCUUCCAAAAGGACCGAUCGAGCGCAUUUAUCGUUUGCGCGCGGACAACAUAUACUAUAUAUUUUUCCAUUUGUACCAUUGUUAAGCACAUACGGGAACACAAUUCUGAAUCAUUGCAUUAAAACUUUUUAAUGCGACCACCCGACGCUCCUUCCGAGUAAGGGAUAUCAGAGAUAUCAGAUUAAGAAAGUAAGGGAAAAUUUAUCACAGAGCUUAUAGUCGCUCGAUCAUCGUGUUGCGGGGGUAGCGGGCGAUUACCAGAACGAGGCUAUCCUUAGGAUUUCGUUUUAUUAAGUUGCUGGAAGGCGCGAGGGAAAAUAUAAGUUAGGUAUAUUUGUUAAUAUUUAAUUCAUGUGGCUCCGUACGACAUAUGCAUGCCGCGUAAUGCAAUGCAGCGUGUGAGAGGCGCGAGGAAAAUGGGAGAAAUGAUGCGUUAUACACGCUGAGUCUCGAAACCGAUCGUAUCGCGAAGGAAAAAGGAACGCGAUCGAUAAGGUAUAGGAUUUUUUGUACAUAAUAAUUGAUUAUUGUGAAUUUAGUGCUGUGUGUGAACGAGAGUGUCCGCACGAUCUCGCGCGAUACUGAUUUCUUUCGUAAGCGUGUACCUUUUGUUCGGAUACUUCGCAUCUCCGCUCUGUGUGCUUUCGUCUCGGUCGUUAUCAGUGCCAGUAGAUACGCAAUUAUCAAGAUCCUUCAUAUUCGUAGUUUUGUAGUCGUAAGAACAAUUGGCGAAUGCUGAUUAAUUUUAUCACGUCGACAGGGAGAAAGGGAAAGAGUACGAGGUAGUGCAAUGUCACAACGAUCGAUCUCUGGCAUCGGGGACACUGCGGUCCCGCGAUUACCGAUUAUUAUCUUUAGUAGCCCGAGUAGUAGCGCGAUAAACGAUACUACUCUCUCCUCGUGCAAUCUCGCGUACAACGUAUUGCGCGAUGAACUCACGGUGCUUAAUAUUUUGCAAUCGGCGAAAUGAUCGAGAGAAUUCGAUUUUGAAUCGACGCAAUAAUCGGUAGAAUAAAAACUAUAAUUCGAUCACGCAGAGAAAGCGGCGAAAAGGGACGGUGUUCCCUUGAUUUGUUUUGCGAAGAUGUGAAUCUUUGCCGAACGUUUAUUGAUUUUUUAUUUUUAUUUUUUAUAGAUCGUGUGAUUCGUAUUAUAUAUAGGGGAAUAUAAAAGAAAGAAACAUUUUUCUUGACUAUAAAAUAUCGCGAUACGGUACAUAAUAAUGGACAAGGUAACUGGGUUAGGAGAGCCGAUGAUGAUGAUAAUGAUGAUGAUGAUGAUGAUAACUAUGAAAUAAUUGUAUUUAUUACGUGAAUCGACGAGGAGAACCUACAAAUAAAUAGCGAAUCAAUGAAUGAUGAUGAAGAAUAAUUGUAUAAUGUAAACGUUAAAUUUUUAUUUUCCACGACGAUAGUUAUGUGAAUAUAUUGCUACAGUCCGAUCCAAAUAUAAUCAAGCUUUUGUAACACUAAUUAUAAUAAAAAAAUCUAAUGAUGAUACUGCUAAUUACACGUAAUUGUAUCGCACACACACGGUUAAAAUUAUGAAGUAUGAAGCUACAAAUAAGCGGUCUCGAAUUUUGUCGCAUGUACGAAAGCAGAGAGUAGUGCGCCAAAAAUCUUUACAAAUUCAGCUAGUUGCUCGUCGCGCUGUAGACCCGUGACGAACGUCCCUUUUCAUCAACACAUUUUUUUCGCAUGUCAACACUGUAUACAUGUUCCAUACACAUAUUACGAACGAGCUUCUUCAUUACGAAUCUAAGGAGAAACAUUAGAGAACACCUUUGGCAUCCUUUUGCCGCGCUAUUUUUUACCCUACGCGCCUAAUUCGUCAUCAGAAACGUAUAUAUACAUACAUAUAUAUACAGAUUGUGGUAUUUUGCAAUAACACUUCAUCGAAAGUAAUGUGACUAAGAUUAAAAUGAACGCAACACACCUUCCCGGCGUUCUAGGCAUUAAUCUCGUAAAAGAUAAGUUAAUUAAAAGGAUCGUGGUCUGUAAUUAUAUUUCUUUAAUCUUCAUAUUUGGGGAUUGGACACAGAAUUCUAAUUAGACAAUAAAUUCAAAAUUUUUUGUUUAUUAAAGACGGUCUUUCAGGAAGAAAUCAUAUUUGUCGUAAUAUCUCUCACAUUUUUGAAUAACAGAUUUUUUUCUUGAAGCAAUCUCUUAGGGUAAAAAUUUCUAUCUAGUCUGUCUUCGAUUCGCCAAUUUCCUCCUCUUUUUUCGGAGUGGCAUUUCGAUGUUUAGCGUGGACUAGCUAUAUCUUUUCCGCCCUGCCACUUCAUUGCGCACGUGUCAUCCCGAGAACGAACGCGUAACGCAUAAGAGAUAUAUUUUACGACCCUCGCCACCAUGCACGUUAAGUAAAGUCAAUUAUAUUUAAUCAGCGGACGAUACUUAGCAGUUAAAAAGAAAAACGUACCCAAAUUAUAUCUCUUGGGCAUUUGCACCUGCACACAGGGUAACUUCUUCGGCCCUUCGUGCGUGUACUCACAGGGUGACUCUCGUCGAACUUAAGCGAAAAAGAAAAACACAAGAAAGAGAAAAAUGCAAGAAAAAACCCAGAAAAAAAGUUGUAGCUGUUCCAAAAGGCAGAGACGAGUCGCGGUUGGGAGGGUGAGAAUGUGAGAUGAGAGAAAGGGAGAGAAAACGCUAGCACGCAAGAAAGAGAGAGAGAGAGAGAGAGAGAAAGAGAUACAACUAUUUUUCCAUUUUACAAAUUGCAAAAAGCCUUUUUCUUCGCACAGUGAGCGCGCUGAAGGAAAACUAUGUGAUUCCUGAUGAAAUUUCGUCCAGCUCCUUCUUGUGAGCCAGCACAAUCUUUUAAAUCACUUUCGAGAAUCGCUAAAUCGCUUGCGACGUUUCUUUCCCGUCUGCGAUACGAGAAAGAGAUAGGGAGAGAAAGAGAAAGAGCGGGAGAAAAAUCAAGAAUUUUGUAAUAUUCGCUACGAUAAUCUCUCCCUGCGAUAUUUGUACCUAUAUACAUAUACCGCAAGAAUUUCUAAAGAUUUUUGGAUAUACGCCGUAAAAAGAGAGAGAGAGAGAGAAUGAGAGCGAGCGCAAGAGCGAAGUGACAAUUAUAUUUGCCCGGUUUCGGAAACUUUUAUCAGAGCGAGCGACGGCAAGGGGGGAUAGGGGUGGCGCGACCCGGAUCACACCGGAGGACAUCGUCCUCAAUCAGCAUUCUGUGUGUGUGUGUGUAUGUACACACGUAGGUAGUCAGACACAUGAAAUAUACACACACACAUACACACGCGGGCGCACACACACAGAUAUAGAUACACAUACGUACAUACCGUAGUUGUGGCAGCUCGUACCACGUUCUUCUCGUUUCCAUAGUUAAAGCAAGCGUAGUAGCAAGGAUAAUAAACGAUAGCGAGUAACGAUAUAAUGAGUAAAGUAAACAUAAUAAAUAGUAAAGGAUAAUAAUAAAAAUAAAAAGAGGAGUAAAAAAUACUAUUCGCAGAGUCGUGUAGAGAGGAGGAAAGAGGAAGAAAGGGAGGGAGGGAUGUAUCCGCCCGGUGUGCGUCUCGUGUAAUGCCGCGCUACGACAAUUCCCCGGCGCGUCUCUUCAGGUAAUCGCACUCAAUCGCGAUCGGCUCUGAACUCAUUUUAACUCACUCUUCUCAAUACGUAGAACAUGACUGUAUACGACGAUUGUUAUAAUCCGGCGAAUGCACUCGGAACGCGCAAUAUCGGUGGCAAAGAGAAAUAGAAGAAGAAGAAGAAAGAGCUAGAGGAGACGACUGUAGAGAAUAGUGAAUAUCUUUCAGUCACGUGCCUUCUUGACACCCUUGGAAGAGAAACCACAUUUGUUAGAACGCUCGAGACCGAGAGUCGACAGGGAACAAGAAUGGGGACAGACAGAGAACGAAGGCGUUAGUUUAAUGGCAAAUGAGACAGUAAUUCUGUUCUCUCAGCACGACAUUGAAUUUCUCCUAUUUUAUUCCCAACAUUUUGUAUGAAAGCUUUCUGGAGCAUUGUCGCUCUGUUAAAGUAACGUCUUCGAAGAACGGAAUUUAAUUCUAAGCAAUAAACGAUCUCCCAAUUCACGGAGGAACGUAGAAUCAGACAUUAAGAGUCAACAUUCUUAAUAAUUACGGAAUAUAAUUAAUAAAUCGUGACAUUCUCUCUUCUCAUUUCUAUUCUGCUUUACGCGAACUCAUCGUUUGUGUGUUGCCCUAAACCCUUCAUUCAAUUCUUGACCGAUUAGAGUGCUUAAAUCUAUGACAACAUUCCUCGCUCAUUUAAUUUUAGUCAAUUAUUCGAUUUUUCUUUCAUCUUUUAUCUCUUCAACGUUAUUUUCGCUGCUUUCUCCUAAUCCAAUCGAAUCACUGAUAUAUGACAGUGUUUAUGAAAAAAAUUUUGGGCCCUAAAAAAAUCU